GGAAACAACAUCCGAGGAACAGGUGUGGACUUCCUGGGAAAGAUGUUACGACAUAAUCAUACUCUUCUUAGCUUGUGUCUGGAAUGGAAUGCUCUGGGGAUGUUGGAUGACUCCUUUGCUCUGUUUUGUGAGGGAGUAGGUUCCAAUGAUUGUCUCCAGGCUCUAGACAUUAGGAACAACCAGAUCAACCACGACGGAGCUGCAGAACUGGCUGCGGGACUCAAGAGGAACAGUACACUGAGAUCUCUAGAUUUACGAUGGAACAGUAUCGGACUGCUGGGAGGUCGUGCUCUACUGGAAAUGUUACAGACCAACAAAACAUUAUGUAGGAUGGAGCUAGCCGGCAACAAUAUUCCUGUGGAUAUCUUAAAGUCUAUUGAGACGGCCAUUAGUCAGAACGAGGACCGUGCCCUAGUAACAGGAGAGUACAGUAAGAAGAUUACACUCAUGUCUAAACACAUGAAACAGAUGGAGCAUGAUAAGUCGUUACAGAUGGGUGACCUUAUGGAUACCAUAGACAAACAAGAAGAACUGCUGCGCCGAUCCAAAAGGUCAGCUACUGAUAAAAUCACCAAUCUACAAGGAGCUCUGGAAGAGAGGAAGUCUUCCUUUAACUCUGUAGCUUCUAAACUUGCUAUGACAGAGUCAGAACUCGCCCUCACAGAGCAGAAAUGUAAUGAUUACUCGAUGCUCAUCACCAAGCUAAAACAGGAGUUGUCCAACAAGGUGGGCGGCCAUCAGGAGGAUCUACGCAGAUACCAGGAGGAUCGUGCAGUAACUGAGGCAAAACUAUACAAAGAAGUGUCAGUAGCACAUGACAAAAAUAUCCAGUUGGAGACAAAGUUGGAGGAUGCAGAAAGGAAAUGUCGACUACAGCAGGACCAAAUAUUUGAGUUGAGAGAACAGACCACACACUUAUCGGCUGAAAUAAAACUUAAAGGAACACAUUUUGAUGAACGACUUCAACAGGAACGAAUAAGACAUAAAGAUGACUUGAGAGAUGCAGAGCAGAUCAGACAAAAGGAGGUAGCGCGAGUACGACAAGAAGCUGAGGAGACGGAGAGUGCCCUGCGUGAGAGGAUUCAGAAGCUGGAGAUGACACGACUGUCGUUAGAGGAGGAAAUCAGUAAACAUAAAAAUGCAAACAUGAACAACAAACUUCAUCACGAAGAACAGCUCAGUCUCGCUAAACAGAAACUCAUGAGUGAGGAGGAGCUGCGUCAGCAACAUGUGGAGGAGAAACUGAAGCUGGAGAUGCACCUGAAGGAUGAGCUCCAGUCUCGGUGUAACCAGAUGUCAGGUCAGGCGUCAGAACUACAGUCCAAGAACAGCUCACUCACCAUGGAGCUGGAACUAAUGAAGAGGCGUGUUGAAGAGCUUCACCAGGAGCUGUCUGAUAAGAACAGUAUGACACUAUCUGAAGUGGGCAAGGUGAAGAUCGACCUAAAUCAGACAAUCACCAAGCUUGAUGGGGAGAGGAAAAUCCAGGCUGAACUUCGGGAACAACUUGGGGAGGCUGAUAGAAAGAUGUCAGAACAACUUCUUAGACACCGACAGUUACUGGAGGAAAAGGAUUUAGAGACGGAGGAUCUGAAAAGGAGAUUGAAAUCAAGAGAGGCAGAACUGAACGGAAUACGGGAGGAGGAGAGCCAACGAGCACAAGUGUUACAAAACGCUAUAAUGAACUAUGUCAACAAAGUACCUCCUCACUGACCAGUCUAGUUAACAUUACAGUUAUCAAGGAGAUCUUUCAGUGGCCAUGUGGAAAAUGUCUUAUAUACUAUCUUUGACUUGCGCACAUUGAUAGAGUACAAUGAGGUAGUGCCUAAGCCCAUUUUGGUGGAUCUCUGAUGUUUGGGACUAAACAUACUAUAAUAGCCUGUUGUUUUUCAUCAAAAUACUCCCAUGAUGGGUAGAGAACUAGGUGCUUUCUUAGUUCAGUUGCAAACAACAUUAGGGAGUUCCAUAACAUGCUAUCCUAAUUGCUCAUAAUAUUAUGUGACAAGCCUCCUGUAUGUUGUUAGUGAGGUAGCCACCAGCUACUACAAGACCCCACCUCAAAAUGACCCAUGCCGUUCAUGGGAUGAAAAACUUGACAAACAAAUAGUUUCGAUAUUUGUGAGAUAGUUGUGAAUUGUAUGGCAGUUUUCUUGUGAAAGACAAAAAUGACUUGGAUGCAGUGUGAUUCAUCAAAUGGCAUCAAGUUGAAAUGUGAAACAACGAAGACAGCUCUAUACUAGUAUAUUAAAGCAAUGUAUGUUCUAUAUUAUGUCUGUGUGUUCAAGGUACACAUGUGGUAGACUUGUAAAUGUCUUUGACCGUCCGUGUAUAGAUCUGACAUAAGGCUGUGAUAUAAUGAAUGAUUAUGACUGUAGAGUAAUGAGAGCUUUUCAUAUUUAAUAAUACUUAGUCAAAGUAGUCAUAUUUUAAAAUAAUUGUAUAAACUUUUCUACUACACAUUUGUAACUAAUCGUUCUUGAAAAUGUCUCCAGUUCUUCUUUACAGUAUUUAUUACAACACUAGUACUAUAUAGUUACCUUGUUUUGGUCACUUUAAGUCUGUUAUCAAUUAAUCACAAUGGAGAAAUUAAUCCAGACAAAUUAUGAUUUAAUGUUGUAUAAAAAUCAAAUACAAAAUUUUCAUAUCAUACAUGUACAUGUAUUACAAAUUGAUGGCAGGUCUUAAUGAAAAUGCCAGUCGCUCAUACAUAUAUUAUCAGAUCAGUAAGUUUCAGUGUUAUACUUCUUUAUGUAAUUUGGCCAGUACUUUUACACACCACCUUUCUUUCUUUACAGAUAUUUUUCUUUAGAGAAGAACCAAUACACUAUAACAACACCACAUACAAUGUCUCACCACUUACAAUACAAAUGUAUAUGAUAAUAUUUAAAUUUAUUCAGAAAACAAUAUAACACAUAAUAAGUCACUGGCAGUCAGUAUUAUUACAUGUCUUUAUAGAACAUCAUAUGUAGAACAUGAGAGAUAACCAGAUGUGUAUAUCUGUAACGAAUGUUGUACGAGACCGGAGAUAUUGGUAUGCUAUUUUUUUUUAUUAAAUAAAUACAAUAUUGUUAUAACUUUGUAAGAUAUUUGUCCUCCAAGAUAAAUGUUCAAUCUCGAAAACUUGGACUGAGUAUAGACAGACUAAACAAUAUUAGUAAAAUACAAGUGUCCUGUAGUUCUUUGACACAUUUGUAUUGUAGCCAGGAACUCUCUUUAGGGUUCGGUUCAUGUGCUCUUAUAAUCGUACCAGCUAUUUUCAAAUUUGAUGUUUAGAUGAAGUUCAUAUACUAGUAAGCAGGUAUCUGAUAAAUACUUCAAUUAUUUUUAGAAAUACUGACAUACACAAAUUCACCAAUUAACCUUACCAAAAAUGUAUGUACUGAAAACUUUGAAAAUGAUACUUUAAUGAAUUUGAGUUUGUAUUAUACACUGCCAUUUCCUGAUGGUGAAUGACUCAUCCUUACUGAGGUAUAUACACUGUUAAUCACAUCUAUGAUUUUUAUUGUCAUCAGUGUGUAUGAAGUACAUUAUUUCAUUAUUAAUCAAGUCAACUAUUGAUGUCGAAUUGAAAACAUUAUGUUUUAUUUACAUAUUUGAUGAAUUCAUUUGAUUUAUUUUAGUUAAAAGAUAAAACAAAGUAGGUAGCUCUUUGCAAAUUUUUAUUAAUAAUAUCAAAUAUAUAUAUAUACAUGUAUAUGUACAUAAAUAUUGAAACACAUGUAUGGAAUUUGCAUUGGUAUGUAAACUGUAUAAAAAUGAAAAUAAAUAUGAACGUUAAAAUAUCUAUUGCUAUUUUGUCAGUACAUAACUGAUCAGACUUGUAUCAAGUUUCUUAGUAAUUUAAGAGGUUCAAUUCCCAUUUACAAAGCACGUACAUGUACAUAUCAAAAUAAUCAUUUUUAAUCCCAGGACAUUUGAUCUAAUGAGGGUGGGAAUAUAAGAGAAAUCAGAUCACAAGAUACACCAGAUCUAAAGUGGAUAAAAAGAGGAUAAAAAAAACAA